CGCGCCGCUGUAGACGAGCCGAGCUGAGCGCAGAGACAUGGAGUAAAGUUGGACUUUUUCCUCGGAGAGAGAGAAAAAAACAUUUUCCAAUCUAAUGAGCGGCUACAGGGAAGCAGUUUUUGUAAAUAAACUGGAGUUUACCGGCAGUUUGGGAGAAAGGAGACUUCUGGUGGCGUUUUCAAGCACAGGAGGGAACUUUAAAUCCCCGAGAAAGGUGAGAGCGCAGCGCGUCUUUCGGUGAAGACAGUCCGCUUUCAGCAGCUUCUCAGGAGAUUUUCUUGACUGCUUACCAAGAAGUUUCGCUCCUCGUGGCGGUAGACCUGCAGUCUGGGGUGUUCCUGUCCCGCACCGAGCUCUCGUCUCAUCAUUAACACCAUGCCGGAGAAGAGUUGCGCUGCGUAACCGGUUGGUCCAGAUCUACCGGGGGACUUUCAGACGGCUGCUCCAUCAACUUCCAGAGUCUCUCCUGCUAAAAUAAACACGAAUAAACAGACAUUUCGGACAAUAAUGGCCGGUCUGAGUAAUGUCCACAUGAAAACCCUGGAGGACCUGACCCUGGACUCGGGAUACGGGGCCGGGGACUCGUGUAAGUCCCUCAGCCUGUCCUCCUCCAAGUCCACCUCGCAGGCCUUCAUGACGGCCCCCCACCGGGGGAACUGGUGGUACUACUCCGGCUCCAUGAACAGCAGGAACAACAGCUGGGACACGGUCAACACGGUCCUCCCCGAAGACCCGGAGGACAUCUUCUCCAAGUGCCCCCGCUUACCGGAGCUGGAGGAGUUCCCCUGGACGGAGGACGAGGUGGCGCGCGUCCUGCGUAAAGUGUCCGAGGCCGGGAGCGCGAAGGCGGGGCACGCACCUGCCUUCUCCCCGGAGGCCGUGAGGCGGCUGUCGGGUCUCCUCCGCCGGGCCCUGAUCCGGAUCUCCAGAGAGGCUCAGCGCCUCAGUGUCAUGCACUGCCGCUGCACGCGCUUCGAGGUGCAGAGCGCCAUGCGGCUCGUGCUCAGCUGGGCUCUGGCCGACCACUGCGUCUCCGCCACGGUCAGAGCCAUCUCCAUGUGCAGCAUGAGCGCCGGGGCGCUGCUCAGGAAGGGCAAGUCGGCCCGCUGCGGCCUCUCCUUCUCCGUGGGACGCUUCUUCCGCUGGAUGGUGGACACGCGCAUCUCCGUGCGCAUCCACGAGUACGCGGCCAUCUGCCUGGCGUCCUGCAUGGAGGCUCUGGUGGAGGAGAUCGGAGCCCGGGUGCUGAUGGCCGAGAGGGGUCAUGUGGGGCCGGACCCGGGAUCAGGAUGCGCCCCGGUGACCGCGGAGGCCCUGGAGGCGCUGGUGAACAAUGACUCGGAGCUGUGGGGGGUCCUGCAGCACUACGAGCACCUGAUCUGCGGGAAGAACGCCAACGGGGUUUUGUCGCUCCCGGCCCAUUUCAGUCCCUACACGGAGAACCAGCAGACGUCUGUGGACAGCAGGGAGGAUGCUUACGCCCAGCUGGAGCUGCGGACGCUGGAGCAGUCCCUGCUGGCCACCUGUGUGGGCAGCAUCUCAGAACUCAGUGACCUGGUGUCCCGCGCCAUGCACCACAUGCAGCGCCUGGGCUCGGUGCGCCCGGGGCUGAGCCCGGCCCGCCACGCCCGUCCCCAGCAGCCCGUGUCCUGGUCGCCCGACGCCCUCCACACCCUCUACUACUUCCUGCGCUGCCCGCAAAUGGAGUCCAUGGAGAAUCCCAACUUAGAUCCCCCACGCAUGGCGCUCAGCAAAGAGAGGCCGUUCCUGUUGCUGCCUCCUCUGAUGGAGUGGAUGAGAGUCGCCAUCGUUCACGCCGAGCACCGCAGGAGUCUGCUGGUAGACAGCGACGACGUGAGACAGACGGCCAGGCUGCUGCUGCCGGGACUGGACUGUGAGCCGCGACAGCUAAAACCUGAAUGUUGCUUCAGCUCCUUCAAGCGUCUGGACUCCAAAGCCGCCACCGAUAAGUUCCACCUGGAUUUGGGCUUCAGGAUGCUCAACUGCGGACGCACGGACCUGAUUGGUCAAGCCAUCGACCUGCUGGGGCCGGACGGGGUCAACAGCAUGGACGACCAGGGUAUGACCCCUCUGAUGUACGCCUGCGCAGCUGGAGACGAGGCCCUCGUCCAGAUGUUGAUCGACGCCGGGGCAAACCUCGACGUGGCGGUUCCACCGUGUUCCCCGAAGUUCCCCUCCGUUCACCCUGACAGCCGACACUGGGCGGCUCUCACCUUCGCUGUGCUGCAUGGACACAUCUCCGUGGUGCAGCUCCUGCUGGACGCCGGGGCCAACGUGGAGGGAGCAGCAGUCCGCAACGGGCAGGAGAGCACGGCGGACACCCCGCUGCAGCUGGCUUCAGCAGCAGGUAACUAUGAGAUGGUGAGUUUGCUCCUGGCCCGAGGCGCCGACCCUCUGUCGAAGCUCCACGACGGAAACGCCCUGACGUCGUCCCUCUACGAAGACAUGAACUGCUUCAGCCACGCCGCCGCUCACGGACACCGGAACGUGCUGAGGAAGCUCCUGACGCAGCCGCAGCAGGUCAAGGAGGACGUCCUGUCCCUGGAGGAGAUCCUGGCCGAGGGGGUGGAGGACGAGGCGGCGGGGGUCUGCCCCUUCCUCCCUCUGCCCUCCUCCAACGGCGCCGCCGCCCUGCAGGAGGUGGGCAGCAUCCCGCCGCUGUGCAAGGCCAGGAUGAAGGCUCUGCAGGAGGCCAGCUACUACAGCGCUGAGCACGGCUACCUGGACGUCACCGUGGAGCUGCGCACCAUGGGCGUGCCGUGGAAACUCCACGUGUGGCUGGAGUCCCUGCGCUGCGCCCAGCAGCAGUCCCGGGCCGGCGUCGCCCUGUCGCUCCUGCGGGAGUUCACCACCAUCCGGGAGGAGGACUACUGCGAGGAGCUGGUCAGCACCGGCCUGCCGCUCAUGUUCAGCAUCCUGCGCAGCACCAAGAACGACGCCAUCAUCCAGCAGCUGGCGGCGAUUUUCAGUCACUGUUUUGGGCCGGCGCCCCUUCCAGCCGUCCCCGGGAUGAAGGCCACGCUUUCAGCACAGUUGGACCCACACUUCCUGAAUAACCAGGAGAUGUCCGAUGUGACGUUUGUGGUGGAGGGGAAGCCGUUCUACGGACACAAGGUCCUUCUGAUCACGGCGUCGGACAGGUUCAAGUCUCUGCUGGCGGCUUCUGGUCCGGACGGAACUCCCAACAAGGAGAUCCAGAUCAGUGACGUCAAGUACGGCAUUUUCCAGAUGAUGAUGUCCUACCUGUACUGUGGAGGAACCGAGUCUCUGAAAACUAAAGUUCCCGACUUGUUAGAGCUGCUGUCGGCUGCGAACCUGUUCCAGCUCCGAGCGCUGCAGCGACACUGUGAACUGGUCUGCUCCCAGAACAUCAGCCUGGACAACGCAGUCAGCAUCUACAAGGCAGCCAAGGCGCACGGUUCGCUGGAGCUGAGCUCGUUCUGUGAAGGUUACUUCUUGCAGCAGAUGCCGGCGCUGCUGGAGCGAGAAAGCUUCAGGAGCCUCCUGCUGGGGCCCCGACAGGGGAGCAGCUCCCCCCUGGAGGAGCUGGAGGCCACGCUGGCUCAACGGCUACGCUCGCUCUACGUCACCUCCAGAGUGUGAGGAGUGCUGAAAACACUCAGGAUCGACUGUCAAGACUCUGGCGCUGGGAUCAGGGAGCAGUUUGGACUCUGUGGACUUUCCAGUGUUUAGGAUUUUGUGCCAAGCUCUCCAUUUAAACAAACCCUGUAAUGUACAUCGUGUUUAAGAAGAAAGAAGUGGAGGCUUUUUUUUUCUCUCUUUUACACUGUGGAGCUCAGGAAGCUUCAAUGGAAACAGAUGGAUGCGUCGCUGCCGCCCUCUAGUGGACAAUCCGUGUCAUUGCCGUGGAGGUUUGGAGCUGCAGACAGAAGGAAUCACAUGGUGCAGCCAUGCUGGACUAAUAUCUUUCUACUGUUUUUUAAUGAAAAGAAAAUGCAGAGUGUGAGUUGGGAGGUCUCCUCCUGCCUCAGUGGAAGCUUUACAUUAACAACUGCUUUUUUUUAACUAUGACCAGACAAACAAAACACUUACUGAGGAGUGGGAUUGACGUAAUUCUAUUUAAUAUGGAAA